GUUUCAGUCUCAUUUGAUUUCAUUUGAUUGCCACAAAAACAAUGUUUCGUCUGUGCGUCUCGAAUUUCUCCCUGUUGUGUCGCCGCUCUAUCGCCGUGUCGGCGGAGCGGCGCUACAAGGAUCCCAUCUAUGAGAUCUUCCUGGCGAAGGUCAAGGAGUACCGCGAGAAGAGCCCCACCGGCAAGCCCCUCGAUGCGGGCCCCGAGUUCGAGAAGGAGCUGAACGAGACCCUGGAGAAGUUGGCCCUCAAAUACGGCGGCGGCGAGGGCGUGGAUAUGCUGGAGUUUCCCAAGUUCAAGGAGCCCGAGGUAACCCUGGAUCCGCUCUCCAUUUUUGUCAAGCUGGACGGGGAGACCCAAAAGAUGGAGGAUUCGAAGCAGAAGCCAGAGGAAAUGAAGGCUGCAGCUGAAGAGGGCAAGAAGACCAAGGAUCAGGAGAAAACCCAAGAGCCAAAGGCCAAGGCAAAGGACAACAAGGACUCCAAGGCCCCACCAAAGGACGCCAAGGCCCCACCAAAGGACACCAAGUCCCCACCAAAGGACACCAAGGACACCAAGGCCCAAGAUGACAAGAAAAAGAAGUAAAUGACGGCCCAUAGAUAUCUUUAGUGUUUUUUUUUUCCCAUUUUCGUUUCUGUGUUUUUAUCCAAAUUACAAUUAAAUCGUGCCCACUGUG